CCUGUUCCUUAUGGCACUGGGCAGUGGGCACCUUUGCCUGCCCGCGAUUAGUCUGUUUCAGAUCAAAUCCCCUCUCACUACAUUCGUUUGCUUACUGACUUACUGAAGCCACAGAGCCAACGAAAUCUGAAAGCAUCAAUUUAUCAUUCCUUACUCUGUUCUUCUUUGAUCGAUCAACCGAGCAGUUGCACGCCCACAUAGCGUUUUUUUUUCUUCAUCUGAGAAAGAAAAGAUCGGUAGGGGGAUGAGUAUUGUAAAGUUAUCUUGCUAUGUAGGAUGCUCUUCUAAUGAGGAGUAAUGAUACGCUCUGAGGGAAAAACCAUAACAUGCUCUCUCUGCGUCCAGUUCGCAGAUUCUGCUCCGCUACCACUGCCGCCGCCGCCGCUUCUUCAAGAACAACUGCUCCAACCCGCGUUCCAAAACCGAAACCAUUAGACGAACCUGCAUUGGUGAAGCUCAAGGCCGAGAGGGACCCAGAUAAGCUCUUCCACUUAUUCAAGGUCAAUGCCCACAAUCGACUUGUUAUCGAGAAUCGCUUUGCUUUCGAGGAUACCGUCUCCCGUUUAGCUGGUGCUCGACGAUUUGACUAUAUUGAGGAACUCCUCGAACACCAUAAGACUCUUCCUCAAGGGCGUCGGGAAGGCUUCAUUGUCCGCAUUAUAAUGCUAUAUGGCAAAGCUGGGAUGACUAAACACGCCCUCCAGACAUUCUACGAUAUGCACCUCUUUGGGUGCCGCAGGACUGUUAAGUCCUUCAACGCUGCACUCAAGGUUUUGACGCAAACCCGUGAUUUAGAAGCCAUUCAAUUGUUCCUUGACGAGGUUCCUUGGAAAUUUGACAUUUCUCCAGACGCGUUUUCUCUUAAUAUUGUUAUCAAGGCUUUCUGUGAAAUGGGUAUCCUUGAUAUCGCUUAUUUGACCAUGGUAGAGAUGGAAAAAGUGGGAAUAAGGCCCGAUGUAGUUACAUUUACCACACUCAUUUCUGCGUUUUAUAAGAAUGAUCGUCCUGAGAUUGCCAAUGGGUUGUGGAAUCUAAUGGUGCUUAAGGGGUGUUUCCCGAAUCUUGCUACCUUUAAUGUUAGGAUUCAGCACUUGGUUAACAAGAGACUAGCUUGGAAAGCUAAUGCUUUAAUGAGUAUGAUGUGGAAUCUUGGGAUAAACCCAGAUGCAGUGACGUUCAAUUUGGUUAUUAAGGGCUUUUGCCAGGCUGGUUUUCUUGGAAUGGCGAAAAAGGUUUAUUCUGCAUUACAUGGUAAAGGUUACAAAGCCAAUUGUAGAAUAAACCAAACCAUGAUUCAUUAUCUCUGUAAGGCAGGGGAGUUAAAUACUGCCUUCGGAAUGUGUAAGGUCAGCAUGGGCAGGAAUUGGUUUCCUAGUUUUGAUACCAUCGUUAAGCUACUUGAAGGCCUUCAGAAGAAUGGACAGUACAGGAAUGCUGAGGUUAUCAUGGAGUUGGUUCGGAAAAGAACACCACCUUAUUCUGCAUAUGAACUUGAGGCUUUUGAGGCCAUAAUGUCCCAGGGUCGAAUACAGUGAAGGACUAAAAAUGGAUUUAUUCAUGGAUAUAUUCAGCUCAAAGGGGCACCAUGGUUUUGUUCUAAUUAUACUUGUCUUUGGAAUUCUGAAAUUAAUGGGAUACAUACUCUUAGUGGGCUUGACUUGUCCUUUGUCUUCAACUUGGGCUGAUGACGAACAGAAUGAUUAAGCAGAGGUUCCUUCUAGCUAAUUGCCUAUGAAAUAUUAUCACUGGUAAGCCACUAAAUAUUUCUUUUCAUCACUGAUCUGUUAUUUUCUUGAAAUUUGCUUACUUCUUACCUUUAAAAUAGUUGUGCUUACAUUAGAUUUUCCCCAACAUUGGAUUUGGAAAAUUGUUACUCAAGAAUUUAGUUAAAGUAUGCUCAUAAUUAAGAUGCAUGUGAGAGUAACAAUUGAUGUGCCUGUUUUGAACUGCUUCCUCUUAAGUGGAGGGGAAAUUUGAAUUUGGAAAUGAAAUAGAGGUGUUUGCCUGUUUCUCUAAAAUGACAAGGAAUUUGAGUUAUGCUCCUUUUCGAUAUUGUAAUAUCCUAUAAAGAGAAUCAACAAGGGAUAUACCUAACAAUAAGAUAAAUUGCUAUCCUUGUUUUAACCAUGUAGUUGUGCACUUGUGUAAUUUGUGCAUUUUAUAUGUUUGUUUUGUUGACAGGACAAAAUUGACUUCGGUCUUACAGGGGUUGGCUUAGGAUAUUAAUACUUGUUUGAGAUAUCUGAUGGAUGGCCUAUUUGCCAUCUCAAUAUGCAAGGAAAACCAAAACAAGGAAAAGAAUUGACAAUUGCAUUGGAAAUAUCAAUCUGUCUGUUCUUUUUAGAUAAAUAAAAUUCCCCUUCCCCUAACUAUGGCUCUAUUUCUCUUUUUCUAUAUUUUCCUUGUUCAGUUUGUUUAACAAUAAAAGAGUUUCUUAAUUCUUUCUUUCCGUAAAGCUGCAAGAUUGUUAGAUAGGGUAGAAAGCUUUUAGUUCUUAAACUGCAAGUUAAGGUGGUUAGGUUACACUUUAUUUAUCUAUCUGCACUCCUAUGUUUAUUGUUCUUUGUUAUCUUCUGGGCACAAACAUAUUUUUAGUUUCAUUAAUUUUUCACUUAUUUGUUGUGGAAACUUGUUGAAGGUUUAAAAACAUGGGCAUUAAAUAUUUCCCCAUCAAAGGGAGGUUUUAAAAAUGCAUAGAUGGUAUUCCCAACUGGUUGUUUAUGAGGUACCAAUGAUUUGCAGCAUAGAACUAAAUUUGUGAUAGAUGCAGAUUACAGAUAUGUACAUUUUUUUUUCUUUUCAUUUUUUUGAAAGGCAGCAAGAAGUAUAUUGUAUUAAUUUACUAUAAAAGAGGGAGAGGCACCUUCAGAGAGGGGAUUUACAAAUAUGCUAUACAAGUAUAUUGUACAUACAAUUUUUGUUUUCUUUUCAUUUUGAUCAAAUCAUCAAACACAGUGUAAUGUACUACUGGCAGGUGCCAUUUUUGGUAGAACUUGGCAAUAACCCUUUUCCAUUUUGACUAAUAGAAUGAAGCCUUCAGCACUAACUGUACAUACUUUAGUUUGACGACACACUUAUGUUGAAAUUGCUGAGUGACUCCAGUGCAUCCUUCAACCUCCUACAUUAUCAAAAUUUUAUUAUUGACUUCUAAACAAAUAUCUCCAAAUAAUGCAACAUCUAACUUGGAGCAGUAAUGACAUAGAUUGGUUUCUGUUGCAUAAUUAUGCCUUCCCUUCUACAUUAACCACAUUCUCAAUGCCACUUCUUCCUUUGCAGUGUUUAAAAGUGACCUUUCCUAGAACUCUUAAGUUGAUUGUAAAUCAAAAUCUAGAAACUUAUUGCAUGUUCUUAGAGAGCUUGCUUACGUAGAGUUGUAGUGUAGAUCUACAUGUAUUGCUCUAUUCCAUCUAUACAAAAAAAGAGUGGUUUGACCAAUCCAAUGAAGAAUUGCUAGUAAAUUUAGGCUUGAACAUGGAACUAGGAUUGGCAACAGGGUGGGUUCGGAGCGGGGAUCUUCCCCAUCAGCGACCCUGACUCUGAAAUUAAUCCCCGUCUCCGACUCUAAUCCCCACCAGGGAUAAAAGUUGUUCUCCAUCCUCGAUUCCUAACGGGGACAGGCUCCCUGUGGGGACCCGAA